AUGGGCUCGUGGCGAGUGGAGCUAGGGCCACGCACAUGUCCUCUCCGACAGCCGGUCCGUGUCCACCUUCUGCCCCGGGUGCCCUGGAUCCGCAGAUCCCUGGCUACAGGGCAAGGGCUCUUCUUGUUUUGCAGUGGGAGCUCCCAGACCAUCCCUGACCAUCAAGGACCAGAUUCAUUCCCCAGAGCUGCGGGACAAAUCACCGCAGAUCCGGCAGAGUUCCAGAGGCCAGAGAUCCAAAAUUUCUGCCGCUGGGCCGAAGUCACGGUGUCACAGGGCUGGGCUCCCACCAGGGGCUUUCGGCGAGAACCCCUUCCAGUUUCUGGGGGCUGCCUACGUUGCUUGCCUUGUGUCUGCAUCACUCCUGUCUGCAAGGGGUUCCUGCUGUUGGAGGGGCUGUUGGAGACCUCUGUGUCUUCUCGAGUCCUGGAGGCGUCUCUUACCGUAGCUUCCGAAGCCAGUCUGGUGACCGACCCCCAGCGUCAGCGCAGACACAGCCACAGAGCGCAGCUCGGCUGUCGGGCGAGUCACCAGCCCGUGUGCGGGAAGCCUCGGGGCUGUCGGAGCAAGUGGGCUCGUUGCGGGAAGCCCCUGAGAGUGCCGAGACAGUGUUCAUGCGGCUGCCGCAGUAGCUGUUCCAGUGAAGCAAUAAAUCUAGGGACAAAGAACUGAGGGGACUGACAGCAGGGGCAGGUGGUGCAGGCGCGCCCCGCAGCUCUGCGAUUUGCUCGUCAUGGAUUCACUAGGAGUGAAGAACAGGACUUUAUUGGGGCACCCGGGUGGCUCUGUGGGUUCACCAUCUGCCUUUGGCACAGGUCAUGAUCCCGGGGUCCUGGAGUGAGCGCCGCAUCUCGGGAUCUCUGCUCAGCAGGG